AUGGAUAACCACGGGAGGAGGACUCGUCGGGCGCUGCUCCUGGCGGUGGUAGCCGGAGGCAGACUGGCAAUUGUCAUCGUUGCUGCGCCCGCCAUGUUGGGGCCCAUGGGAACCAGAUACGUUCUGGCUCAAGGUUUACAUCGCCGCGGACAAAUUCAUGAUGCCGAAUCCACCAUCCCCAGUUCCACCUUCAUCGACGCGCUCGACCAGCACGGCGACGCAGAGGCCCUCCACACCUACAUCGCCGGACACAUCACAUAUUGGAUGCCGGGGGCUGCCAGGGGGCAGGCUCCCGAACAUCCAGUGCUCGCCCACCCCGGUGCCGAUGCAGACUUUGCGGAGAAGAAUGGACACGGCCUUUCGGAGGAGUAUGAGAAGAAGAGACACGGCCUUUCGGAGGAGGAUAAGAAGAAGAGACCAGGCACUUGGGGAGUAGCGAUGCAGAGUUUGCGUGAGUGA